AUGUCUUCCGCCUUGCAGACAGUUGGAUUACGACGUUAUGCCACUGAUUCUGAUGAUGAUACGGCCAUGUCAGCUGCACCAUCUCCUCCACACGACCUCGAGCCUGGUCUUGAGCCAGAUUUUGUUCCUGCUGAUCAGCCUGAGGUUGCACCUGCUGAUCCUGAGCCCUUACCUGAUCAUGACCCUAUUCCUUUUGGCUUACCAGAUAUAGCACCCCUCAUACCUGAUCCAGUUCCUGCACCCGUUGACCCUCCUGUUAUUGAGCCACUUAUUCCUCCACCUACACCCACACCCGCUGAUGUUGCUCCUUAUCCUACUGUGGAGUCUGAUGUCCAUCGUGUUGAUUUACCUAUCGUUUUCUUGUAG